UAUGCAAUGAGGCAUAAGCGCCUUGAAGAGAUGAAGAAAUCGGUCUCCCAAAGAUCGAGCUCGAGAACCUCGACGACAACGAAGGUGGAAUCAAAGACUGUAAGCCAAGUCGCCCGGACUUUGGAGGCUACCUACUCUACUUCGGAAACGGUCGAAGCCGAGGAGGCCCUUGAUAACAGCGGCGUGCAGCCGGUGACCCGAUUAUCUCGGUCCCUUGACGACGCGGUUGAGAUCUUCAGUCCUCUACCGAUCAUGCCAUCGAAUCACACAUGCUCUUGGAAGGAGAGAUAUCUGAAUCUGACAGCGGAAGUACGGGAGUUGAAGGCGGAAAUUGUGUCUCGGGAACGACGUGACGCGCCUGGGCUCGUGGACGUGGGUGUCAACGUCAACCAAGAAGAUGACUACGAACUAGGAGUCGAAGGGCUUACUAUUGUCAUGCAUCUCAGAGGUAAAGAUGAUUUGAUCAUCAACACAGACUUGACGCAUGCCUCUUCCGGACUUUGAGGCAAGGGGAAAAUGCUAGGUUGGAAUUGCUUUUUGAACGUAGCGGAUGGGCAGGGAAUGGGAUUAUGAUAGCAGCAUGGAUUAGACUUUGCGA